CAAUUCUCCAUGGUGAAAUUUAGGAAGAAGAGGCGGUGAAAAAAAAAUUGCUAAUGACUGACAUAGAUAGAACGGAGAGUACAAAGCGUUACAUGAAGAUGAGCUAUUACGUGACACAAACGGUGAAGGAUCGACGGCGGUGUCGUGGCCAAGGUCGCUUCGCCUGCGACAACUGCGAUCGUCGUUAUCACCAGAUGAAGAAUCUCAGGAGGCACGUGACGAACGAGUGCGGCAAGCAGCCGAUGCAUCAGUGCUCCUUCUGUCCGUACAGAGCGACUUAUAAGUCGUAUCUUCAAGUGCACAUGACGAAACACGCCAAGCACGGUUUCGUACCUCGCAUGGCCACCCUGAAGCAUCAUGAUUCAUGAAAGCCCUCUCGAUCCGUGCCUGCUAAGUAACACGUCGACUUUCUACUCGCUCGAGUGUCGAAGUUACUUACCGGGAUCUCGAAGAUCGCGAGGCUUUCGUAGAACGGCGGGUUAGUACGAGAAUGAACAAAAAUUUUCGCGUGUGAUUUCUUUCUGGUAUGCCGAUAGUAUCAUCUAAAGAAAUCUCAACUAUUGUCUAGAACAUGUACGACGUGAAGUUUCGAUAUAUUUCCUUUUUAUCAACUUGUGUUUGAAUCGUGAAGCAUUCCAUAUUUAUGUCGCUAUGCUAACGUAGAAGUCCCUUCGACGAGGAUCAUCUUAGGUCUAAGAUAAAUCUCUGAGGAAUUUAAUAAAGAGUCUACAUCUCAUUCCGAGA